UUGAACGAAAUUCGAAUUCCAAUUUUAUCCUCAUCUUCUAUCCAUAAUUCUCUUUUCCUCUUUUCCAAAAUUUUCCUUAUAAUCGUAUCCUCUUUUUCUCUCUCUAUUCUCGGUAUCUAUUUACUCUCAAAUUCAUUCAUUUCCAUCUAAUUUUGCUUCCCCAUUCUCUCUCUAAACCUUCAGUUUCUUUACAGAGACACGCAUAUUUACAUACAUACAGUUACACACACACACACAUAUAUAAAGAUAUAUAUAUACAGAUAAAUCUACUAAUUUGUUGUGCUAAGAUAUGGCAGCAGAAUCGAUGGUACCGGCGACUCCGGCGUCGUUGUAUGUGGGGGACCUGCAGCAGGAUGUGACGGAUGGGCAGUUGUUUGAUGCAUUUUCGGAGUUUAAGAGUCUGGCAUCCGUACGUGUCUGCCGUGACUCCUCCACCGGCCGCUCUCUUUGUUAUGGCUACGUUAACUUCAUCUCCCCGCGAGAUGCUCUCCAUGCUAUUGAGAUGAAAAAUCAUUCUACAUUGAAUGGCAAAGUAAUAAGGGUUAUGUGGUCGCAUCGUGAUCCAGAUGCAAGAAGAAGCGGGAUUGGGAAUGUGUUUGUAAAGAAUUUAAGUGAGUCUAUUGAUGGUGUGAAAGUUCAAGAAAUGUUUCAGAAGUUUGGUAAUGUAUUAUCUUGUAAAGUUGUCACAUCUGAUGAUGGGAAAAGCAAAGGAUAUGGCUUUGUCCAGUUUGAGAGUGAAAACUCUGCAAAUGCUGCCAUCGAGAACCUUAAUGGGUCCGUCGUUGGAGACAAAAAGAUUUAUGUCGGCAAGUUUGUGAAGAAGAGUGAGAGGGCUGUAACCAAUCCUGAAGCAAAGUACACAAAUCUGUACAUGAAGAAUUUGGAUUCAGAUGUCACCGAAGAACUCCUUUUGGAGAGGUUCUCUGAGUAUGGAAAAGUUAUGAGCGUAGCCAUCUUAAAAGAUGAGAAUGGAACAUCAAGAGGCUUUGGAUUUGUCAACUUCGAGAACCCGGACAAUGCCAAACUUGCAUUGGAAGCUUUCCAUGGAACACAACUUGGCUCAAAGGUUUUAUAUGUGGCCCGGGCACAAAAGAAAACAGAACGUGAAGAAAUGCUACGCCGCCAGUUUGAGGAGAAAAGAAGGGAGAAAAUCUUGAAAUACAAGGCUUCAAAUGUGUAUGUGAAGAAUAUUGAUGAUGACGUAACUGAUGAUGAGCUAUGGGACCACUUUAGUCAGUGUGGUACAAUUACUUCUGCGAAGCUUAUGCGAGAUGAUAAAGGAAUGAGUAAGGGGUUUGGAUUUGUUUGUUUUUCCAUGCCUGAGGAGGCGAUUAAAGCUGUGAACACUUUUCACGGUUUCAUGUUGCAUCGGAAGCCAUUGUAUGCAGCUAUUGCUCAGAGGAAAGAAGAAAGACAAGCUCAGCUACAGCUACAAUAUGCGCACCGUAUUACAGGGUUGGUAGGACCUUCGGCUGUUAUUCCUGGCGCUUAUCCUACUCUUUACUACCCGUCUCCUGGUGUUGUUUCACAAGAUCCUGCACGACCUGGUUUGAUGUAUCAACCUCUGGGGAUGAGGCCAGGAUGGAGGGCAAAUGGCUUUGCAGAUCCUUCCAGGCCUGCUUUUCAAACAUCUCCUGUUCCCUUGAGUCCUAAUAAUCCAAGACCUAAUAGACAAAACAGGGGUAGGAUGAAUGGGCAUGUGCCACCCCAGGGUGGCGUUCCCACAUAUUCUUCACAUUUGCAACAACCAACUCAAUUUAUGGUAUUACCGAAAGAUUCAAGCAAGCACCAGCAUGCUAGGCAUGUCUAUGUGCCAAAUGGGCGUUCACAUGAGAUGAGCAAAGGAUCUCCCGUUCCCAUUGCUGAUGGAUCAGAGGUGUUAAGUAGCCAGCUUGCUGCAGCUCCUCCAGAGCAGCAAAAACAGAUGCUUGGGGAGCGUCUGUAUCCCCUCGUCAGUCAACAUAACCCUGAUCUUGCUGCAAAGAUAACGGGUAUGCUUUUGGAGAUGGACAAUUCAGAACUACUACUACUAUUAGAGUCACCGGAAUCACUAGCUUCCAAGGUGGCAGAAGCUGUUCAGGUUCUCGAGCUCUCAAAGGCCAAAUUGUCAAGCCAAGAUGCAAUUCAUUCAAAUUAUCUUUCUGCCCAAGUUGCAGUCAACUGAGAGGAAAGUGAUAGUCAUUGCUAGCCUAGAAAUACUGUCUUCUACAUCUAAUUACCUUUUUGAUGCGUUCUUGCUUAGUAAUUUAGAUAUGAUGGAGUUGCAGUUGUUACAGACUUGCGCCCAUGAGCAUUUAAAUCUCAUGACACAGCUUUUGAGUUUCUUAUAAGAAUUUAAAUCUUAUGA